GAGAUGAACAUACCGGAGACCCUACUAGAAGUGUUCAUUGUUGUGAUCGCUGUUGUCUCGUUAUUGUCAAACUUGUCAGUGCUGCUAUGUUUCACCCAGAGCGCCGAGAUCAGAUCCCAUGUGCCGGGCAUCUUUAUCCUAAACCUCUCCUUUUCAAAUAUCCUCCUCGCUUUAAUAAAUAUGCCUGCCACUUUUCUCGGGGUGGCCAAAAGCGCAAAACCAUUUGGGGAUGUUUUCUGUCAAGCAGUCAGUUUUGCUGAGACUUUUCUCACCACCAAUGCCAUAUUGAGCAUGGCCGCGCUGAGCAUCGACAGGUGGAUCGCGGUUGUGUUUCCGCUGAGCUACUCCAACAAGAUGCGCUACAGGGAUGCUUGUCUCAUCGUGGCGUACUCCUGGCUGCACUCUCUCACCUUUUCUCUGUCCGAGCUGCUGAUGGACUGGGGCGGCUACAGCCACACCUAUGCGUCGUGCACCCUUCACCUGAACGGAGCUGAGAGGUCGCAGCUGGCCGCCUUUGCGACCUUCACGGCGCUAUACCACUGCAGCAGCUUCGCGCUCUGCCUCUUCAUCCUGUGCUUCGCCUACCUCAAAGUUUUGAGAGUGGCCAGGUCGCACUGCAAGAGGAUAGACGUUAUCACAGUGCAGACGCUGCUUCUGCUGGUUGAUAUCCACCCGAGUGUGAAGGCGAGGUGCUUGGCGGAACAGAAGAAGAGGAGGCAACGCGCCACCAAAAAAAUCUGCAUUUUCAUCGGUUCCUUCAUCCUCUGCUUUUUACCCUAUGUAGUGACAAGGUUGGUGGAGCUGCUGCCCUCCAUGCACAUCCACCGCUACUGGGGCAUUUCCACCAAAUGUCUGUCCUAUGCCAAGGCUGCCAGCGACCCGUUCGUCUACUCUCUAUUACGACAGCAAUACCGGAAAGUCCUCGUUGGCAUCAUCAACCGGAUUUUGAGAAGGGAUCAGUACUCGUUGUCCGGCCACAGCACAAGCAGCACGUUUGACACCAUGGAGGACAACACCAUUACCAGAGCUGCCUGA